GUGUAGGCUCAGUCUCUGACUGACAGCUUGACUAGCGAAUCAGUAGUCUUCGUUUAAAGGGCGGGACUUAGUUUUCAGGAAAUGGUUUCCAAGUGUUCUGCAUGGUAAGCCAGAGAGGAAGAUGGAUGCCACUCAGCAGAUUGAGGAUCCAUUCUCUGAAGAAGAAGAUCAGGAAGAGGAGAAGAAAGAAGGAGGACCAGAAAGAGAACAGUUGGCAACACUGAAAGUGUUUAAAAAUGACCACAUACCAGAGGCAGAAUUCCCUCUCUACGUCGGAGACAAUGUUUUGGGUCGUGAUCCUGCUGUCUGUUCUGUUCUGCUUCCGGCUCGAUCUGUGUCCGGUCGGCAUGCUGUCAUCUCCAUCUCAGUGAUCCGCUCAAGCAGCAGCUGCUCUGGUAACGGUGCUGCUGUGGAAGCACUUUUAUGGGACAUGGGCAGUUUGAAUGGAACUAGAAAAGGCAGAUUCAAGCUGACGCCUCAGGUACGAUAUGCUUUGACCGAGGGAGAGAGUGUGGUGAUCGCUGACGUGCCAUGUCAGUACAUUGGUCUGAACAUCUCAAACAGAGAUACACACAAAACUCCAGAGAAAGAAGUGUCCAAAAAGGAAAAAAAGGAAGGUUCGCCACUAUCGAGCAGUGACUCAAAGUUGAGGAAAGGUGUGCGGAAUGGGUUGAAUGAGAAAGAGAGGAGUGCCUUUCCCCCUGUGCCUUUAUGGAGCUCUGAGGAUGAAGAACCCAAAAUGUGUUCACCACAGCCAGCUAACAAACAGCCUGAGAUCACCCUGGUGCCUGAGUCAGACUCAGAUGGAGAGAGUGCUACGGAUGAGAGGAAAGAUUUUGUUUCAGACUCAGCAUCCUCCUCUCAUCUGUGUAGUUCCACAAAUUCAUCAUUCCUGACCCCUGCAAAAAAAGUAAUUCCAGAGAGUGAGGAUGAGAGCUCCAUCACUCCAUCUUCAGCCUCAAUGGACCGGUUCAGACUGAGGGAAACCUCCGGUGAACCGUGUUCAAACUCAUCUAAGCCUGGCCUGCUAGCUCUCAACUUGGAAAGUGACACUGAUUUUGAGGAAGCAGACAUGGAGAAAAGCAAGACUGAACCAGAGGUCCAGCCUAAAUUAUCUGCAAAGGUGGAACCAGUACCUUCAGCUGAAUUUAAUAUGGACAGUGAUACUGAUGUUGAGGGAGAGGAGCCGGAGACAAGUAAGGCUGAACCAGAGGCUCAGGAAGCAGUAACUCUAGAGAAAUCUAUAUCUUCAGUUGGUCUUCAUAUGGACAGUGAUACUGAUGUUGAAGAAGAGGAAGAAAAAAGCAAAACUGAACCAGAGGCGCAGAUAGAACAAGCUCCAAAGGUGGGACCAGUAGCUUCAGCUGAAUUUCAUAUGGACAGUGAUACUGAUGUUGAGGAAGAGGAGCCAGUGGCAAUUAAGGCUAAACCAGAGGCUCAAAAUGCGGUAACUCUUGAUAAAUCUGUAUCCUCAGUUGGACAUCAUAUGGACAGUGAUACUGAUGUUGAAGAAAAGGAAGAGGAAAGCAAGACUGAAGCAAAGGCUCAUACUGAAGAAGCUCCAAAGGUGAAAUCAGUACCUACAGCCGAUCUUCAAAUGGACAGUGAUACUGAUGUGGAGGAGAAUGAGGCUCCUAUAACUGAAAAUAUCUCCGAAAAGAAAGCAGAAGUUUUAGCAGUUACUGAAAGCACUUCAUCCGCACCACCACAUACAGAAUUCAACAUGGACAGUGACACUGAUGUUGAAGAUGACAAUCCCAUAAAGGUUUCCAUGGUGACAGAGGUUUCACAUCCCAUUGGAGAGGGAAGUGAUGUCAGACCUACAUCAACUCCAGGGUCAGAGCUCCACAUGGACAGCGACACAGAUGUAGAUGAAGAAAAUGAGGACAAGGAGAAGGUGAAGGCCAGAGAUUUUCUGUCAAACAGUGAAACAGACGAUGAGGAUCCUUUUAAACCUGUACUAGACAAAGCUGUGAAGGUUGCAGAGAGUCCCAAGGCUUCUGUGGGUGGCAAAGCAGAGCAGUCAAAAGAGAGUACCCAUAAAAAACAAGACCAUCAUUCUCAAGCAAAGACUUGUCUUGAGGAACCAACCCAAGCUUUUGGUCACUUUGAAGACUGGGACCUGCCGUCCACACAAGCAUACGGAGCUGUUGGGGCCAGUGCUAAGUUCAAGCCAAAGCAGCUUGAUCUUGAGGCUACGCAGGCAUAUGGAACAGAGACAGACAGAGAGGAAGAACCGGAGGAGCAACUGAGCCAUACCCAACCCUACUCCAACCUCUCCACUGCUGAAACUCAGCUCAUUCCUGUAGCAAAGACUUAUGAUUAUGAUGAUGAUGAGGAGGAAGAUGAAGAACCACCCAAUGACUCUCACCUUUCCACAGCAGACACUGUAAUCAUCGCCAGCACCCCAAGACGAGAAGAGCAGACACAGCCCUUCUCUCUCUUCACAGCCCAAAUGCAACACAUCUGGGAGGGAGAAGACAAAGAGUUUUAUCAGAGUGAGCCCACCCAGCUCAUGGAGGCAGACACCAUCAAUGAAACGCAAGAAGGUGAGGAGGAGAACAUGAAACGAGGUAGGAGAAUCCAUGGUGGAGGAAAAGUACACAAAGGUAAAAACUCCAGCUCUUAUCUUGUCAUUGCAGAAACUCAGCCCAUGUGUGAGGAAGAAGAAGCAACAGAUGCCGAUCUGAGUAGGGACAGCUUUCAGAAACCAAGUACCAGACAACAGGCCGAAAAAUAUGAUUCUGCGCAUCUUGAUGAAAACAACUCUAGCUCCCAUGUCAUCAUAGCUGAAACACAACCAAUGAGUGGUGAUGAAGCACCACCAGAUCAGGACAAUGUGGUCAGCAGUAUUCAUACAGAAAAACCUACCAGGUCCAUUAUCACCAUCGCUGAAACGCAACCAAUGUUUGAGGAAGACCAAGCACCAGAGGAUGAUCUGAACGAGGUCAGCAGAAGACAGACCGACAAAGGCGACCCCAUACAACAAACUGAAAAAGCCUCCACUUCCAAUCUUGCCAUCCCUGAAACACAUGUUGGUGAAGAUGAUGAGGGACAGGAGAAAGAGCUUAGCAGCAAGAUGCCUAGCAGAAGAUCACGCCGGGGUAGACCAAAAAAAGAAAAGGAAGCCCCACAACCUGCUGAGGAUGUUGUCCAUCACACUAUCACAGAAACGCAACUAAUGUGUGAGGAGGAACAAGCACUGGAUGAAGAUAUGAAGAGUGAGAUCAACACAGGGGUACCAAGUACAGGGCAACAAACAGAUGAAUUCAGAUCUCCAGAGCUUGCUGAAACAGACUUGAAAUCCCGUGUCACUAUCGCUGAAACGCAGUGUGUUUCAGAGGAGGCACCAUGUGAUGAUCUGACUAAUGCAGUUAGCACCAGCCAGAUAGAUGAACACAGCUCCACAGAACUCCCAAAACCCUCCAGCUCCCAUUUCAUUAUAGCUGAAACACAGCCUAUGCAUGAGGAAGAUGAAGGACAGGAGGAUUACCUCAGCAGUAAAACAUCAAGCAGAAGAUCACGCAGGGGAAAACCAAAGAAAGACGAGGUUCCACAAACUUCUGAGGUUGCUGUUCAUCACACUAUCACAGAAACCCAACCAGUUCCUGAGGAAGUGAUUGAAAGAGAUGAAGAUCUGAGCAGUGGAGUCAAAUCCAGGAGAUCCCGCAGAGGAAGACCGAUAAAAGAGGACAGCAUUCCACAACCUGCUGAAGCUGCCAUCACUUCCCUUUCCACUAGCACAGAAACACAGCCUGUUUGUGAGGAUGGAACUGGAAGGGAUGAAGAUCUGAAUAUCAUCAUAUCCAAAAGACCUCGCAGAGGAAGAAAAAAAGAUGAAAGUGAACCUGCACCGUCUGUUGGACCAAACUCUGAUGUCAUUGUUGUUGAAGCACAGCCCAUGUGUGAGGAAAAUGCUCAAGAAGAACCUAGUGGCAGAAGUAGCAGGAGACAUAGGAAAGACAAGACAGAGGUGGAAAGUGAGACACCUGCACCUGGUAAAGUCCAAGGUAAAACCAGAAAAGGGCAGGAAGGGAAAAGAAAGAGGGGGAAAGCAUUGUCUGAGGAUGAGGGAGAGAGUGAAGAGGAAAAAACCACGAGGAGAGGAGCCAGAAGAACAGGUAUGAAACAGAAGUGUAGUGAAAAGGAAGAAGAGGAGAGGAAUGCCCAAGCAGAGAAAGAGAGGAUGGAGAAAGAGCUCCAAGAACAGGAGGAGCGAGAGAGGAUAGAAAAGAAGAGACUGGAGCAUGAGAGAAAGGAACAAGAAGAGAGAGAGAGGGCUGAAACCGUAAUGAGACAAAAACUGGAAAGAGAGCAGAAGGAAUUAGAGGAAAAAGAACGACUGAAAAGGGAAGAAGAGGAAAAAAUGAGAAAAGAAAAUGAGAGAAUACAGAGGGAAAAAGAUCGUUUAGAAAGAGAAGAGAAAGAAAGGUUGGAGAGAGAGAGUAGAGAACGAGAAGAACAAAGACAAAAAGAAGAGGAAAGAAUUCAAAUGGAGAAGGAACAAAAAGAGAAGGAAAGAUUGGCGGCAGAGAGAGAAAGGUUAGAAAAGGAGAAACAAGAAAAUGAGGAGCUUCAGAUGAGAGCAAAAGGAGAAAAAGAGACCAAAAAGAAUGAGCAAUUGGAGAAGGACAAAACAGAAUUGGAAACUCCACUUGUUCCUCCAGCCAGGCGAACACGACGUUGUUCAAGCUCAUCUAUGAACUCGGAUCAAUCUGUAUCCUCUCAACAGGAGCCAUCCAUUCAGAGGGGCCGAGGGCGAGGCAGGGGACGGGGCAGAGGAAGACAGACAACUAAUGAGCAACCAAUCAGUGCUAGACAGUCUAGCCGGAGAGGACUAGCUAUUGCAGUCGAAGACACAGAGCAGGACCCCAAUUCAACAACCCGUUCCCGAUCCCGCUCCAGUUCUAGAAGUUCUGAGAGAUCUGCUAAUAGUGUUGUAACGUCGAAUCAAGGGACGAGAGGAAGAGGCAGAGGCAGGAAGAGUGUUAAACUACCAGAACCGCAGGAAGUUUCCCAAGCUAAAACUUCCGGAAAAGGCAGGGGAAGAGGAGGCAGGCUUUCUGGUGUGGAGAAUGUAAAUGCCGGAAUGACCAAUGAGCGUGAACAAGAUGCAGAGAGAGUAGAUGACACUGCUGUACCCCAAACCAACAGCAGAGGUCGCAAGAGAGCAGCCAACACUAGCACAUCCACAGAAGAGGCUCCAUCACCCACACCCAAGACUCCAAGGCGCUCUGUGUCCAGUCAGGCGCACAAGGUGUUAUUCACUGGGUUGACGGAUGAGGAUGGAGAAAGAGCGGUCUCCCGUUUGGGUGGAAGUCUGGCAAGAGGGGUGAACGAUAUGACUCACCUGGUGACUGAUAAGGCAAGACGCACUGUGAAGUUUUUGUGCGCUGUUGCCAGAGGGGUGCCGAUCGUGACUCCUGAUUGGCUAAAGAAGUGUGGAAAAGCUGGCCAUUUUCUUUCUGCUGAUGAAUAUAUAUUGAAAGACGUUGAGCAGGAGAAGAAGUUUAGUUUCAGCCUACAGAAGGCACUGCAAACUGCUCAAAGUCAACCUCUUUUAAAGGGUUAUGAGAUUCACGUAACCCCAUCUGUGAUGCCAGAACCAUCUCAAAUGAAAGAAAUCAUCACCUGCUGUGGUGCACGUUUCCUCCCUAAAAUGCCCUCAGCUCACAAGGAGCACACUGUGGUGGUGUCAUGUGAACAGGACAGGGCGCUUUGUCAGAAGGCAGUGAAUAUGUCAUUGCCCGUGGUCAGCACAGAGUUCCUAUUGACUGGCAUUCUGCAGCAGAGAGUUGACCUGCAGGCCUAUUCUCUCACUUCCUCUCUCGACACAUCCAAUCAGCCUGCAGCCCCCAAAGCCGCUGCCAAGGGCCGUAGGAAGUAGUGACAAUGACAUAGGAAAGGACUUUCCUUGUAAUACAUUUGUGCCAGUCGAAGACAGAAUCUGAUUUAUGCACGGACGUUUAAGUUCAGAUUGCAUAAGAUGAAUAUGUGACACAUAACAUCCCAGUUUCAUGUAGACAGAAAUUAAUUAGAUGAGAUGCUGCUAGGCUUGUAACCACACACCCACCGAUUCCUGUGAAUGUGAGAGAUGGAGAGAGUGUGAGGUGGCUGUCAAUGAAUGAUGAGUGUGUUAGUGAAGGGGGAAUUAGCUCCUCUCAUUUUUUAACGUAUUACUUCAAUAAACACUUUCAGAGCCAAAAUAAA